AUGACGCACUCAUAUCAGUCCCAGACCCUGUCGGGUUUCCUCGAUUCAAUGCAGCAGGACGAAGCCUCGGCGUAUUCCUUAUUUGGCCCGACCUCAUAUCCUGAGAGCGUGGCAUUCUGGCACGAUCCUUCCGCCCCGGCGAUGGCUGUGGCCCCCUCGUACACAUCCAAGGAAGCAUCCCUGCUCAACCCACUCGACCAGAAGAAACACAAGCGCACUCGAAGCGGCUGCUUCACCUGUCGCACACGCCGGAUCAAAUGCGACGAGACUCGUCCGCUCUGUGAAAGGUGUAGGAAAGGGUCGCGCGAGUGUGUCUAUCCCUCGUCAACAUCGUCAUCCAAGGGUAGCGUGCGGACUACAGCCAAGUCGCGCGCAGGUCGUCCACCAUCGCAAGGGAGCGACUCGUCUGGAAAGUACGAGAUCGAGGCUAUAAGCCCCCUAGAUCCCAUCAUCGACGAAGAGGAACCCGACAGUGCCAUAUCCGAAUCGCGACCGUCACCUCCCGCAACCACAAGGCCGGACUUACAUAAGAGCCAAAGCUCGCAAUCUCUCCGGAAGCGCAGUAUCAAGCACACGGAUGCUGGUUCGUUCAUCAAAGAACAGAGUAGUUCGCCGUCGGCUGAGUCGUCGCACUUUGAAUCGAUGAGCGCGCGCUCGGGUAGCAUUGGACAUUCCACAGCUGAAAUGAUCAGCAAUGCGCGCCUUCCAGACGAUCUGCGAUUUUAUUUAAAUUUCCACCAGGAAUUCCUGACUACGCCGCAUUUCUUCUUAAGGCAGAGUUGCUCCCGGUUCAUUCAGCACAGCCUUAUUGAGCUCGCGUUGCAGUAUGAGCCUCUUCUCUACGCUCUGGUGGGCUUCUCGGCCUACCAUCAUACCUUGCGGAGCCCUGGGGGGAAGUUGUAUACAUUCCUGAAAUAUUAUAAUAAAGCCUUGAUUCUCCUUCGGAAGUCAUUGGGCUCGGGGGAAGAACACAGUGAAGCGACACUGUGCACUGUUCUUGUCCUGACGACCUUCGAGGAGUACAUCGGCGACUGGAUGAACUUGAUCGACCACCAUCGGGCGGCACAUGCAUUGAUGCUAGAAUUAUUGACACCGGAGUCCGCCAACGUGAAUGAGCUACAUACAAACAUCUUCUUAUGGUAUGCCCGCUUCGAUGUAGUGGUUGGGAUCCUGGCCGGCACCGAAACAGUCUUGAAUCGAGAUUGGUACCUUCUAAAGGAGCAGUACGACGCCGACCAAGCCGCCAUCUACCCCGAUGACCCAUCCAAACAACUUGCCCUCGUGGCAUCUAUCAACAGACGCUUCGGUCUUGACAUGGCCUCGCUAUAUGCAAAAUUGUCCCGCGGCAUGGUCUCGAUGGAGCAGUUCGCCGCGCAAAACGACCAACUGGGCCUGAUGAUAGAGCACGCAAAAGCGAUUCUACGGACAUUCGACGAUUAUGAAUAUAAAGUGCAGGAGUUUCCCCACCAGCUUCCCCUGACCGAGGAUGACGUUACAGAUCCGUACGCUCCUGGAGGUCUGCACCGUGGCCCCUUGUGGGACUUCAAUUAUGCCUGGAUUGACAUCCUCUCUACCGAGACAAUGUAUCGAUACCAGGCCAUGCUGGUCUUGGGUCAAAAUCAACUGCCAGAUUUGCAGGAGUUGGCCGAAGAGCAGUGCCGUUUGAUUGAGACGAUGGAUCGCUGGCCACACAAGGAUAAUGGAUACUGUAUCAUGUUCAAGAACAGUAUUGGAAUCGCCAGCAUGUUUCUUCCAAAAGAGCACAAGUAUCAGAUGUGGUCCCGGCGGAAGAUGGCGUUGAUGGAGCAAAAUGGAUACUUCAUCACACCUCGAUUCCGAUCCGCUCUCGCUGCCAUCUGGCAAACACCAGAAAUCGAACAUUGGUGGCUUCCAAAUGAGGAAGGAUACACAGAUAUUAUCCGCGAGGUUCGUGCUUUGACUGCCGAACGUUUGAGCCAGCCCAGGGAUGAGCUCCGCGAGAACGUUCGUGACAUGAAGUACAUGUUUCGUGGGAUGAACUUGGAUGGCCGUGAAGACGAGAGCCCUUCCAGUACGAAGAGUGGUCACCCUUGA